UGCCGCGGGUGGGGUGGGGGCCUGGUGAGGUAGCAAGGGAUAGGGGUCUUUACUUCCUGCCUCCAACCCCCUAGCCCAGGGUGGACCCUAGAGGGAAGCUGAACGAAAGGACUCCGGAGCGAGGGUCCUGAUGGGGCGCAAGUUCGGAGGGAGCCUGGGGGCUGCAGGGACCUCGCUGAGUGGGUUGCGGCGAUAGUCCAGGGCGAGGGUGACAGCUCGGCCAAGACGGGUAAAGCUGGGAGCGCGAGCUGGGGAGGCCUGGUGUCCUGGCUUGAGAGACUUGGCCCCCAGCGACCGGUGCAGUGAGGUAACAGCCCUACUGGGAGUGGUGACUGCGGUGAGGACUUGUCUGUCCCUGGAAAGUUACUCAUCCUGGUGGUCAGCCCAUUGCAGAAAUGGAUUUGGAUCUACUGGACCUGAAUCCCAGAAUUAUUGCUGCAAUUAAGAAAGCCAAACUGAAGUCAGUAAAGGAGGUCUUGCAUUUUUCUGGACCAGAUCUGCAGAGAGCAACCGCCCUCUCCAGCCUGGAGGUCCAGCAUGUACUGAGAACAGCCUCCUUGCACCUGAGGGGGGACAGCAUCCUCACAGCGCUGCACCUGCACCGGCAGAGGAAGCAGUUCCCUGCGCAGCACCAGCGCCUGAGCCUCGGCUGCCCUGUCCUGGAUGGGCUCCUCUGUGGUGGCCUGCCCCUGGAGGGCAUCACCGAGCUAGCUGGCCGCAGCUCAGCGGGCAAGACGCAGCUGGCACUACAGCUCUGCCUGGCUGUUCAGUUCCCACAGCAGCAUGGAGGCCUGGAGGCAGGGGCCGUGUACGUCUGCACAGAGGACGUCUUCCCCACCAGGCGGCUACAGCAGCUCAUGGCCCUCCAGACACAGCUACGCACAGACGUCCCAGGCAAUGUGGUCCAGAAGAUCAGGUUUGGUGACCAGAUCUUCGUGGAGCAUGUGGCUGAUGUGGACACCUUGCUGGAGUGUGUGACACAGAAGGUCCCCAUCCUACUGUCUCGGGGCAUGGCCCGCCUGGUAGUCAUCGACUCGGUGGCAGCCCCAUUCCGGUGUGAAUUUGAUGGCCAGGCCUCCGUCCCCAGGGCCAGGCGCCUGCAGUCACUGGGGUCUGCGCUGCGCCGGCUGAGCUGGGCCUUCCAGACCCCUGUGCUGUGCAUCAACCAGGUGACAGAGGCAGUGCAGGAGCCGAGCUCGGCCCCCAGACCCCCAGGCUCCACAGAUGGGCACAUCUGUCCAGCCCUCGGCAUCACCUGGGCCAACCAGCUCCUCAUGAGACUGAUGGCAGACCGGCUCCGUGAGGAGGAGGCCAUGCUCGACCGUCCUGGCUGUCCAGCUCGGACCCUGCGGGUGCUCUUUGCCCCCCACCUGCCCACCUCCUCCUGUUCCUACACAGUCAACGCAGAAGGGGUGAGAGGGACUCCUGGAACAGAGUCCUGCUGACUUGGUGGUGGGUGCAGACAGCCUGGCCAGGCCUGAGCCUCCAAGUGAUAGAGCCUGCCCAGCUCAGGCUCUCAUGGGUGUCACUCCACCUUCUGCCCCAGGUAUGGGGGCUGCUUUCCCCUCUGGCCCACCUGCCAGGCCUAAGCAUUUGUUCCAACAGGCCCUAGUUGGCCCUGGGGCUGGGGACUCCACUCUGGUGUAUCCAUAGUCGAGGACUCCUGGGGGGCAGCCCCUCCUUCCCCAGCUCUGCUUCACACAUUAUCACCCCCAGGAAUUGGGCCACCCCUGGCCUAGGUCUGGGGUCCUGCCCAGAAGGGGCCUCUUCUCCUACAGGCAGUGUAGUCUGCCCAAAGCCCCUGGUAAUGCUCGGGCUAUGGUGUGCUGCAAUCAGCCAAGUCCCCUCCAGCCCACACCCAACCUAAGACCUGAGUCUGGUAUGGGGUAGAGGAGAAGCCCCAAGCUGCCCUCCGGCCACCAUCCAGAGGAUCUGGUGAGUGGGACCGGACCUGCACCACCUUUGUGGGUGCACAGCAGCCUCAGGGUUCUACUGAGAAACUGGAAAAAGAAAAGGCUUGCGGUGCUUUCUCAGUGCCCCCCAUGCCUGGCCCCCGGAGUCUGGACGUCCAGUGCAGCCCUGGCCUGGUGCACCGUCCAUCCUGCUGAGGACAUAGCAGGACUCCUGGCUGUGGAGUCAUGUAGCCAGGCCCUACUCAAACUAGAAAGUGGGACCUCCCGGCAGCACAUCCGGCUGCAGACUGGAAUCUGACCAUCUGGUCAUAGAGACAUGAGGCCCAGAUGUCACCAAGGGGCAUGGCCCAUAUGGGCAGGACUGUGACCCACUUCUCAUUGGGCACCUGGCACAGAGUAGGCCUCUGACAAAGGUGCUGCGUGUAGGGAGGCGCAGGCUGCUCUCUGGGAGUUACGCCCCAUCUCAGUCCCCAUCCUGGACAUGGCUCACGUCUCUGCCCUGCCAUAGGGUGGGGAAACUGAGACAUAACAUGACCCAGUGGCUUGACUAUUCUCCCAAAGCCCUGAGGCAGACACUGGCCCCCAAGUCAGUCUUUAGGGCACUCUUGGAGCUAGCCCUGAGGCUAGGUGGGCUGCCCUGUGGUACUCCUGCCUGUGCCGUUUCCAGGGCAGAAAAUGUCAUCAGGUUAUCAAGGCCCUGUAACCCCAGAAAAGUUAAGAAUUGCUGGCAAAAAGUUAUUUUGGGGUUAGAUUUUUACAAAAUAGCUUUUUUGCAAAAGUGCAGGACUUUACACCAGAAAAUGUUAUUUUAUUUUUGUAAUUAAAUAUAAACAAUUCCAAAUAUUUUUCUAGGCAUGUUGUACCAACAAUCAGAAAAUGAAACUCCAGCUCCGCAGUGGAGUGCACUUCAUAGGAGACACCCGGCCCUGCCCUAGGGGAGGGCGCAGGGCUGCACCUCCCACAAUGCCAUCAAUAUCUGGAAGGGUUGCAUUCAGGUGGUCCCAGGAACACCAGCCAUCCCUGAGGGAGGCAGAGCAGAUGCCCCCCCACUGGGGGGUCCCCCAUCUGUUCUGUUGGCCUGGCAGGGGGCCCAGAAAGUUGGGAGACUGUGAACUGAACAUGUGUCCCUCACUGGUGCCGGGACUGCUGACCAAGUCUCAAGCACAAUGUCACCAACCUCAGAAAGUCAUGACCACUGAUUGUGGUCAGUGCUGCUAAGGGCCACUUUACGGUUUUCAGAAACCUGAGCAGAAGGUACACACUGCUCAAAAAUAAGUGCAAAUACAAACAGAUACUAGUUUCAUGUAUGUAACGUGCCUUCCAAGAACAUCCCACAAAGUUAUGAUAUUGGAAAAAAUCUGUUCUACAAAUUGGAAACAUAGGUCCUUAGCAAUAUGCAGUAUAUCCUAAAUACUAAACUUCUCAUUACACAAUAUUCCCAGCAGCUUUCUGAUCAAGCCCAUUAUUUUUAAUCCCAGAAAAGCACCAUCUGAGCUCCACUAAUGGAACACCAGGGCAAGCUGCUCUAAGCGCCGACACUGCCUGUCUAUGGCCUCCCCAGGCCAUGUGCCCACACAGGUUUCCCUCUGGAGCUGGCAUGGUGCAAUGGGCACUGCGGCCACAGAGGCCACGAUGCUUUGGCCCACUGCCUCUGCCACUGGUCACUUGCACAUUUACAUGACAAAAACUGAAAACAGGUGCCGGCUCUCAACUGGGGUGUCUCACGGAAAGGAACAUGGAGGAGGGGAGCUGGCCCCGCUUCUCUCUGUGGAGUGUUAAGGUUCAGACCACCAGACUGAAAACAGCACACUCCCUGCCUCCUUUGUAGUCACCAAGCCCAAACACCAGAAACCGCAGGUCCCCGCACCUUCCUCUGAACUCAGAGUGCUCUUCUGUCCUCCACCCUGAGCACUGUUUUCUGUUCCACAAAGGCUACUGGGCAGCAGUGCAGCCUGGGGAGCUCAGAAUUAACCCUGUGUCAGCUGUGCUUACUCUUUUGGAAGCCCUUUGUCUCUCCAGAGACUGUCACUCAGGAAAUGCUGGGUUUCAAGCCAGCCUCAGCUAUCUAUCCUGGAGAAGAAACUUCUUGGGGCUUGGGAAGGGAGCCCCCUGACCCCUGCUGUCCUGAGCCACCACCCCACCCCCGCGCUCCUACAGUGCCAUCUUCAAUGAGGGGACACAGUGCUACCCUCUUUCCUCAUUUUUGAUGGCUUCUCACAAUCCAUCCAAUUUUUCUAAUCACCUCCAGAAAGCACUUACAUAAUAAUAAGUUUCUGAUCCAUGCCUCGGAGAAGGAGACGUGGCCACAGGUGACCAACUAGGGGACAGUGUCAACUCCAUGGAGCAGCUUCAAUUCUAGGAAAUCCCUAGCUACACAGUCUUAAUGAAAACAAAUAUCUUUUCACAAACAGCAGUUUGUGACAUGAGAUAAUAUAAAAUUAUAUGGAAUUUACAUAAGGAUAUUUUAAAGUCCAGCCUUACAACAAAACUGCAGGCUGCUGGUCUCCAGCGUCAGCCCCAUGUCCACUUGGCCAGGGUCAUGCACAGGUAGCUCUGGGCCUCCAGCCACACUGGGGCUCCCAGCCCUCCUGCCUGACUUGACUCUUGCGGAAAAGCUGGGAGCAAACAAGUGCCCUUGCUGUGCCUUAGAGAUGAACACCCAGCCCCUCACAGGAGGCUCAAGCCUUACAGUCUAGUCCACAGCCAGGACUGCAGAUCCCUCCUCAAGCCCACAGGACGUGUCUUAGUGUCCCAGCUCACGGGCACAUCCUGACUAUUCUCCUGGGCAUCUUAACUCACAGGCUGGUCUUACAGCCCUAAAGAAAUGAUACCUCUGGGUGGAAUUUCAUAUUCCUGUCAAAAUCUACCCUGUGUAUUAACUCUACAAAGAAAAGGCUUUAGGCCAGGUACAGAGGCUCA